AUGGCUACUCCCCGUGUCUUUCUUGUCCGCCACGGCGAGACAGAGUGGUCCCUCGAUGGCCGCCACACUGGCCGUACUGAUAUUCCGCUGACAGCCAACGGUGAGAAGCGUGUCCGAGCAACUGGCCAAGCUCUCGUUGGUGACGAUCGUCUCAUUGUCCCCCAUAAACUCGCUCAUAUCUACGUGUCCCCCCGCAAGAGAGCCCAGCGAACGUUCGAGCUCCUCAACCUGGGCUUCUCCGACAAAGACCUACCCUGGAAGGCGCACGGCGAGGCUCCCGUCCGCCGCGAGGGCAUCUCCGAGUGCGCCGCCAGGAUCCAGAUCACCGAGGACGUCCGUGAGUGGGACUACGGCGACUACGAGGGAAUCACCAGCCCGGAGAUUCGCAGACUCCGCGCUGAGCAGGGCUACAAGGGUACCUGGGAUAUCUGGAGAGACGGGUGUCCCGGUGGCGAGGGCCCCGAGGAUGUGACGGAUCGUCUAGACCGUCUCAUCAAGGACAUCCGCGACAACUACCACCAGCCAGUGAUUGGCAAGCCCAAAGAAGAAGCCGCCGACGGCGACGUCCUCAUCGUCGCACACGGCCACAUCCUGCGAGCCUUGGCGAUGCGCUGGGCGGGGAAGACUCUCCAGGACGGGCCAACCUUCCUCCUCGAGGCGGGUGGUGUCGGAACUUUAAGCUAUGAGCAUCACAACAUCGAGGAGCCGGCCAUUCUCCUCGGUGGUGCCUUUGCUGUCGAGAUAUGA